AGGGGAGAAAUGGAGAGAUGAAGUCUGAAAAGGAGCAAAUGACAGAGAGCAGGGAGAGAAGCAUCGUAGAGAUUCAGUUCAGAGAUAUCCAGCGGGAUCAGGAGAACGUUACUACCGGCCCAAAAGUCAAAGAAGAGAAAAAGGAAGUAUUUACUAAGGUUGUCAUACGCCGAUUGCCACCGAGUCUAUCCAAAGACCAGUUGGAGGAACAACUUAGUCCAUUGCCGUCAUAUGACUAUUUCGAAUUCUUUCCAGCUGAUCAUAGCCUUUAUCCGCAUCUCUUCUCAAGAGCAUAUAUCAAUUUCAAAAACCCAGAGGACAUAGUUCUCUUCAGGGACCGUUUUGACGGUUAUGUUUUCAUAGACAGCAAAGGCCAGGAAUAUCCGGCAGUGGUAGAAUUUGCACCUUUUCAAAAAAUAUCCAAAAAGAAGUUGAAGAAGAAAGAUGCCAAAGCAGGGAGCAUUGAAGAAGACCCAGAGUACAAGCGGUUUUUGGAGACCUACUCUUGUGACGAGGAGAAAUCAAUGGCCAAUCCAGAAACAUUACUCGGAGAAAUCGAGGCAAAGACCAGAGAACUCAUAGCUAAAAGAACGACGCCACUGUUGGAGUACAUCAAAAAUAAGAAACUAGAAAAACAGAGAAUCAGAGAGGAGAAGCGAGAGGAGAGGAGGCGCAGAGAGCUGGAGAAGAAGAGACAGAGGGAGGAGGAGAAGAGGAAACGCAGGGAGGAGGAGAGGCGGAAACGCAAAGAGGCCGAGAAGCAGAAGAAACUCUCUGAGAAGGAAAUCAAGAUUAAGCUUCUGAAGAAGUGUGACCGGGAUGAAGACGUGGACUCGGACAGACUCAAAGAGAAGGGAGACAGCGGCGAGCCGGACAGGAGUAAAUGGGAGAAGCCCGCUGCUGCUCACAUGAAAGCCAAAGAGCAAAAGGAGAAGGGUCAGGCGGAGAGCGACAAGGAGCAGCGCGAGGGCCACGGCCGACGCCAGAGGGACCGCGAGCACCGGGCCCGCGACGAGGAGCGCAAGCGCCAGCGCCACCACGACUUCGACAAGUUUGCGCGCCGCAAGGACGAGACCAAGUGGGGCAAGGGCUACUGCCAGGAGCGGGCCAAGAAAGACGGCCACGGGCACCACGCGUACGGCUACUGCGGCCCCGACGCCGGGGACAAGCUGGGCAACCAGGACAGGGACGACAUGGCCAGCCGGAAGGAGCGGAUCCGCAACAAGUCUGUGUUAGCGCUUCAGGAGAAAAGGACCUCCCAGUCUGAGGGGCUGGACCAGAUAAGAGGGGCUCUGCCAGAGAAGGACCGGCCCGCCAUGCAGCUCUACCAGCCCGGCGCCCGCAACCGCAAGCGCCUGGGCUCCUCCUCGGGCAAUAAGGCCUUCGACUGCGCCGGCCAGUCGCCCGAGUCGUCGCACUGCGGCGACCGCUGCUACAACGACGCCGUCCUGGGGACGGGGUCGGAGAAGAGCGGCGACGAGUAAAAGCGAGGCCGGACGGGGACGCGAAAAAAGCCCCGGACGCGAGUAGUGAAGGCCGACGAUGCUCUUAGUAGUCUCCACGAGAUGACGUUGUCGUCCCGUCAUCGCCUGAUUUCUGAUGUUGUUUGCUUUUUGUUUGUGCGUUUGUUUUUUGUUUAUUUUUGCUUGCUUUGCUACUGACUCUGUUUGGAUAGAGCACAAUAAUGAAACUCCCUCACUGUAGCUAUUUCAACUGGCCCCAUGUACCCAAACGCGUGCAAAUCCUGCGGACGGAUGCAUAGUCUGUCGUUGGUGCUGUAGUACUAGGAGUUUGUGUUGACGUCUGAUGUACCUGAGAGUUACAGUAGAUUUAGAUUCCAUGAAGUGCCGCGUCAGUGGCAGAGCUCAUGGGAGGAAUUUGUUGAGGUAGCACAUGUUUUAAAAACUGUCCAUUGACACUCUGAGCUGAGAUGGGAUACCUCAUUGUUCGUGUAACAGAUGAAUUUAUUACAGGCCUUUUGUAGUGAACUGCAAUGGAUUCCUUUUAGAUUGUAGACUUUGUAAAGAAUGUCUUUAGACUUUAUCAUAGAGAAAGUAUCGAUAUUUGAAAAAAUAAGAUAUUUAAAAAUGAAAAACAUAUGGAUAUACUGUAUCUCCACCACUGUAUCUAAGACUAAUUGUUCUUUGGACCCACAUAUACAUUGUAUACUGUGUGUGCAUUGAGGGGGUGAAUGUGAGAGUGGAAAAGAGAAAGUGUGUUGAAUUAACUGCGUAUACUAUGUAUCUGUCAAUAUCACAGGAUUCUGUUUGACUACUGUAUAAUAUUACGCAUGUAACCCCAUGUUUAUCGUAGCCCUCAUUUUUAAGGUGCUCUUAAGUGACCUGCUGUUAAAAAAACAAAACCACAUAUACUGGCUCCAGGUGUAUGCCUACUGUUCAAAAUCUGAAUCUCUGUGAGCCAAGAAGAACGGAACUUUUUUUUAUUAUUAUUCAGAAAUACUAACUGUAAGGUAAACAUGCUGGACUUAAAUAUAUGAAGACGUUGAUUAAGAGACUUUCAAAAUUGUUAAGAUUUCUACAAAGCAGUGAAACAUGUAACAUGUACCUUGUGUAACAUGCCUUAGAUAUGAUUUUUGCACAUGGUAUUGUGAAACCAAUUUUUGUCCAAAUACGUAUUACAGGGUUAACAGACAGAAUGUCUGAUAUUGUGAAUCUGGUCUAUCUCUUUCCAGAUUGGUGUCUGGGGACCUUGACAAAGCAGGAUAUCUUUUUGAAAACAGAUGAAAAUAAAAUAGCAUUA